CGCCUCUCCACUCCAGCGGAGCGUUUCCUCCAUGGGGACGGGGCGGGCAGGCUCAUCCAUGGAUGGGUGUCUUCUUCCUCUAAUAACCCCUCCCUGAGAAUAAUAUCGCCGCCCUUACAUGAUCGGUGAUGUUUACGCGAGAGAAAUUCUAGCCCGCCCGUGAUCGUUGUCACCUCACCGCGAGAUUCUCCGUCCAAACGCCAGAACCAGGUCCCCUUUUAAAACCAGGGAGCUUCUGCUCCCGAGUUCCCCCAAACACUUCACCAGCUAGCUAGCUAGCCCCAUGGAGGCCUCGGCAGCCGUCGAGUCGUCAGCCACCGUGUCCGCAUUCGAGGUAUCCAAGCGCCCGGACACGGCCAAGCUCGUGCUGAACAGCCCCAGCCCGCCGAGCCUGCGCGAGGAGCUCGCCACCGUGGUCGGCAAGGCGUUCCGGCCACGGGCCUCCGGCGGCGCCGGCGGCGGCCGGGCGCCGCGGUGCGCGUGGGUCCUCCCGGCGCUGCAGUGCGUGUUCCCGGUGCUGCAGUGGGGGAGGAGCUACACCCUCAAGUCCUUCAAGAGUGACGUCAUGGCCGGCCUCACGCUCGCCAGCCUUGGCAUCCCGCAGAGCAUUGGAUACGCCAAUCUCGCCAAACUGGAUCCUCAGUACGGCCUUUACACGAGCGUCGUGCCGCCUCUGAUCUACGCCGUCAUGGGGACGUCGAGGGAGAUCGCCAUUGGCCCCGUCGCCGUGGUCUCGCUGCUGCUGUCGUCGAUGAUCCAGAACAUCGUCGACCCGGCCGCCGACCCGGCGACCUACCGGUCGCUCGUCUUCACCGUGACCUUCCUCGCCGGGGUCUUCCAGGUCUCCUUCGGCCUGUUCAGGCUGGGGUUUCUCGUCGAUUUCCUGUCACACGCUGCCAUCGUGGGGUUCAUGGCAGGCGCGGCCAUCGUCAUCGGGCUGCAGCAGCUCAAGGGCCUCCUUGGGCUCAGCCAUUUCACCAACAGCACGGACAUUGUCUCGGUGAUCAAGGCUGUGUGCUCGGCGCUGCAUGACCCGUGGCACCCGGGCAACUUCUUCAUCGGAUGCUCCUUCCUCAUAUUCAUCCUCACCACGCGGUUCAUCGGGAGGAGGUACAAGAAGUUGUUCUGGCUGUCUGCGAUUGCGCCUUUGAUCUCAGUCAUUCUGUCCACUACUGCGGUCUACGCUACAAGAGCUGACAAGCACGGCGUGAAGAUCAUACAGAAGGUGCAUGCAGGGGUGAACCCGAGCUCAGUCAAGAAGAUACAUCUGAAUGGACCUCAUACCGCAGAGUGUGCCAAGAUUGCCAUCAUCUGUGCAGUCAUCGCACUUACGGAAGCUAUUGCUGUUGGACGGUCUUUCGCUUCGAUAAGAGGGUACAAACUUGAUGGAAACAAGGAAAUGCUCGCCAUGGGAUUUUCCAACGUUGCUGGAUCUCUGUCCUCAUGCUAUGUCGCAACAGGUUCAUUCUCCCGUACAGCUGUGAACUUCAGCGCAGGCGCCAGGUCAACAAUGUCAAACAUCAUCAUGUCCAUCACUGUGUUUAUCACCUUAGAGUUGUUUAUGAAGUUCCUCUACUACACACCCAUGGCGGUGCUCGCCUCCAUCAUUCUAUCAGCUCUUCCCGGACUGAUUGACAUCAAAGAAGCUUGCAACAUAUGGAAAAUUGACAAGAUGGAUUUCCUCACAUGCCUUGGCGCAUUCGUUGGUGUUCUAUUUGGCUCGGUGGAAAUUGGUCUUGCAGUUGCAAUUGCCAUUUCCUUCGCGAAGAUCAUCAUACAGUCACUCCGACCUCAAGUAGAGAUUCUUGGCAGGCUACAAGGGACAAAUAUCUUCUGCAGCAUCAGGCAAUACCCUGUAGCUUGCCGAACUCCGACUGUACUGACGAUACGCAUCGACACAUCCUUCAUGUGUUUCAUAAAUGCCAGUUUCAUCAAAGAAAGGAUCAUACAGUGGGUCCGGGAAGAAGUGGAGGCGUCAGAUGGAAAGGGCAAAGAGAGGAUACAAGCAGUGGUCCUUGAUAUGUCAAGUGUGGUAAACAUUGACACUUCAGGACUAACAGCACUAGAAGAAAUACACAAGGAGUUGGUGUCUCUUGGCAUACAGAUGGCUAUAGCUGGUCCCGGAUGGAAUGCAGUACAGAAGAUGAAAGUGUCACGGGUCGUGGACAGAGUAGGGGAAGAUUGGAUAUUCCUGACAGUUGGUGAAGCAGUGGAGGCCUGUCUAAGUGCACAUAAGGGAACGGCUCUCGAAUGUUGAGCGAGUGUUAAUCAUUAGAAAUAAUCCCAUAAGUGAUGCAAAGCUGCAUCCUAUGAAGGUGUUACUGCAAUGUUUGCACAUGAUGAGCAGGCAUUGGCUGUAGUGGGCUGGUGGGGAACAGAACCCUGCCGUGCUGCAAAGAGUCAUGUUUGGUGUUCUGGUCAUUUACACAACCAAGUAUGUCUCUGGAUGUUAUUUCUUCCUAAA